UGUUAACGUCUGUGCGCUCUCUUACAGAGCAUGCGCGUUAGCUGACCGUUAGCUACCUAAUCCACAACCACAACACAACUGACUCUAUUUAGUUAAUUCAAUUAAGCUUUAUUUAAUUUCGUCAAGGGCGAGAAUUUGUCGAACCAGACAUGACUUCUCAAAUCCGACAAAACUUCCACCAAGACUGCGAGGCUGCCAUUAACAGACAGAUAAACCUGGAGCUCUACGCCUCUUAUGUUUAUCUCUCCAUGGCGCACUACUUUGAGAGGGAUGACAAAGCCCUUCCCAAUUUAGCAAAGUUCUUUCACACACAGUCCAAAGAGGAACGUGAGCAUGCAGAGAAGUUCAUGAGUCUGCAAAACAAGCGCGGAGGCACAAUUUUUCUGCAGGACAUCAGGAAACCUGAUAGGGACGAUUGGGGGAGCAGCCUGGAGGCUUUGGAGUGUGCCCUGCAGCUGGAGAAAAGCGUAAACCAAUCCCUGCUGGACCUGCAGAAAAUGGCCACUGAACACAAUGAUCCUCAUAUGUGUGACUUCAUAGAAACGCAUUUUCUGGAUGAGCAGGUGAAAUCCAUAAAACAGCUCGCUGACUGGAUCUCAAACCUGCGCCACAUGGGAGCCCCUCAGAGUGGCAUGGCCGAGUACCUCUUUGACAAGCACACCAUGGCUGAAGAAGGAAGUUAAACCAAGCUAACGAUCGUCCUUCUCACUCCUGAAUCCCGACAAGUACUGUAUAUGAUGUGUAUAAUAAGCUGUUAAACUAGACAACCACAGACAUCACUUCACAUUACAUUUCAGGCUGUACAAGAUGUUUUAUAGAAAUAAAGUCCGAGCAAACCUAACAUUUAUUUUAUGUUUUCAUAUAUUGUUGUAUUAUUGUAUGAUUAUGAUAACUACAUUGUUCCUUCUGUCAGAGUGAUAUAUCUACAGAUCCUGGACCUGGACGGUGUUACUUUAUAAUGCACAAGAUUACAUUGCAUUGAAAAAUACAUUUAUUAUUUACUUA